UCCCCGGGGAGCGGCCGGGGGAGGCGCCGGGUUCAUGUUCCGGGUCGCUGAACCUACCCCGACCCGAGCUCAGGCGGCGAGAAAGAGCUGGCAUUUCAGUAGGACUAUGGAGGAGCUGGUUCACGAUCUAGUCUCAGCACUGGAAGAAAGUUCAGAGCAAGCCAGAGGAGGUUUUGCUGAUACUGGAGAUCAUUCUCGAAGCGUGUCUUGUCUUCUAAAGCGACAGGCAAGGAAAAGGAGGGGACGAAAAAGACGUUCAUUUACCACCCAUCAUCCCUGGGAGACUGGUCACUGCUUAAGUGAAGGUUCUGAUUCCAGUUUAGAAGAAUCAAACAAAGACUACAGGGAGAAUCAUGCUAAUAAGAAAGACCACAGUGACUCCGAUGACCAGUUGUUGGUUGCUAAACGUAGGCCUUCCUCAAACUUAAAUAACAUUAGAGGCAAAAGACCUCUGUGGCAUGAACCAGAUUUGGCUGUUGACAGUUUGGGAAACAGAACUUUGCGCAGGAGAAGAAAGGUAAAACGGAUGGCAAUAGAUCUGCCAUCAGAAGUCUCUAAUGCACUGACAAUAACUCAACAGCAGGAUAAUAGCAGAGAUCAAGAAAUGGACAAUAACAAUAAAUCAUACCAACACCAGGAGUUUUCCAAGAGCAAAGUGAAAAAAAGAAAAGUAGCUGCAGCUCGACAGGGACCGGAAAUCUUGGAUGAAGGAGUAGUUAUAGAAAAUGAAGAAGUGAACCAAGCAAAUAAGGACAAAAUGGAGUAUGAGGAGCAAAAAGGCUCAGAUGAGAACAUGAGUGACAGUGAAUCCAGCAGUCUGAGCAGCAGUGAUGCUGGUUUGUUUACCAAUGAUGAGGGAAGACAAGGUGAUGAUGAGCAGAGUGAUUGGUUUCAUGAAAAUGAAUCUGGUGGAGCAUGUGGAAUUACGGGGGUCAUUCCAUGGUGGGAACAAGAAGACUCUACAGAACUGGAGAGAGAAUUGCCUGAUCCAGUCUUUGAAAGUAUUUUAACUGGUACUUUCCCUCUUAUGUCCCGUUCAGGGAGGAGAGGUUUCCAGAGUAGAUUUAGUCAUCUUCAUGGAAUGCCAGCAAGAAACAUAAAAAAGGCUUCAGGAAACCAGAAUGCAUUGAUAACUCCAGGACCAGGCGGUAGCAGGAAAACGGUUCACUUGUCCCAGGAUUCUCUUCACCAUGACCACUGGUUUAGCCCUGGGGCUAGGAAGGAACAUAGCCAGCUUCAACUCUUGAGAGACAACCGAUCGGAGAGAGGACACAAGAAGAACAGCUCUGUAAAAACAGCUAGCAGGCAAACCAGUGUUCAUUUAGGAUCAUUGUGUAUGGGAGACAUCAAACGGAGAAGGAAAGCUGCUCCCCUGCCAGGACCCACAGGGUUUGUAGGUGAAAACACCCAACCAAUCCCAGAAAACAACAUUGGAAACAGAAUGCUUCAGAGUAUGGGCUGGACCCCUGGCACAGGCCUUGGACCAGACGGCAAAGGGAUAGCAGAGCCAAUACGAGCCAUCCAGAGACCAAAAGGACUCGGACUUGGAUUUAGCUGACAGAAAUGCACUCUGGCUGCCCAAUAAAAAUAAAGCUCAAAAUUAAUUUAAAAAGACAAGAAAAAGGAAAAAAAAAAUGGCAAACAUAUUAUUUGUUGUGAUCAGCAAAUCCAGUUAUUCUUCUCAAAGAUCACUGAAGUCAAUGUGCUUCACAUUAGCUACACCAGCUGCAAGGUACAGCCACAGUGACAGAACCGGCAUUCGAGUCUAACUUUAUAAUGGUGCUAAAAUGUACAAAAACUUCUACUUUUUUAUUUUCUGUGGUCUUACAGUUUGUAUUAAGCAUAAAAUUCAGUAUAUUCACUUUUUUUCAUAAAAGCUUCUGACACAGCAGGUUUUAGUAUAUAAGCAAAUUUUUUUUGUAAGUAUAAUUUCAUCUCGAGAGUCUUGAUAAGAUUUGUCGAGGAAAAUGGAACUUUUUACAGCUAUUGUGUUUUCCCCCUUUUCAGGCAAAGUUUCCAAACCUGGUAUUUCUAGUGUUUAACAAUAUUUGAGGAUAAGCUGUCAUUUUGCCCAUAAGAUAUAGACGUUUCCCACUGGAAGGUGAUAUGGUAUGCAAUUUUGUAUAAGAGCAUGAAAAAUGGCUUUGUUGUCAUAGGAAUGCCAUUCCAACACCAUUAUCUGGCAAUGUAUCACUGUCUUCCACAUUCAAGCUCAAAAGUAAAGCUUUUAUACUUGUUUUUACAUUUACAGGAUUAUCUUAUUUCAGCAAAUAUUUUAAAGAGUUAAAGUUUAUUCUGACUUUGGAUUUCCCUUUAUAUUAAUAAUCCUCAGUGUUUCCACAUUUAAGAAUAGUUUGAGCUUUGAACCAGGAAAUUGUAUUUUGAAGAUGACUGUCUUUCAGUGUUUAUAUUCUGGGUUUUGGCAUACUUUAAACAAUGCAGUGUUCAACAUCGUGUUACUUGGUUUGUGAUCAUGCUGGUGCCAAUGAGCCACAACCUUUAAGGAUCAUGAACAGAGAAAGGGCAAGGAGAAGCAGGAUUAGGGUGGAGGAAAGGAAGGAAAAAGAUACUUUGAUGGCAUCUCACAAAUCUAAGCUAGCAAUUUAAAAUCAAGAGGGAUCAUUAAGUGUUUUAAUCAGUAUCCUAAUGUAUCUAAUGUCAGCAGAAGCAAUUUCAUUAAGCACCAACCAAUCAAGCUCCUAGGGUACUUAUUGGUCUGCGGUAUAAAACAAAUUCCACUUUAAAAUUAAAUGAUAGGGCUGAAGGAAACUGUUGUUCAGAUGGACUAAGGAGAAAAUCCUACCCUCCUCCCCACCCUCCCCUGUAGUAGCUGGCAAUAUUUACCCUGACUGCAGAGGGAACACGAGUUGAUUCUCCAGUGGUUUUUUUUCUUCAAGAGGAGGAUCUCUCCCUUCCUCUGCUCCCAAACUGCAGAGAAAAAUACUUCCAGAUGCUUGCAAAGCUACUUCCUUAGAAUAAAAAGAGCGCAGCUUCCUUCAUGUGACUGUGAAAUACAGUGAUGAAUUUUAAGAAGUGUUUUUAUUACUUUUCUUUUUCUGUCAACUUCACCCAUUUUUCCAGAAAAAUAAUACUAGGGAAAAAAGAAGUAGCAGCAUUAUAGCAUUGAAUUUGCCUACAAGAAAUGUUCAUGCUUUCCACUGUGAGUAGUGUCGGUUUGGGAACAUUGCUUCACCAUACACAUAGUGUAGAGUAAAAGGUUAGUACCUGAUAUUGUUUUUAAUGGUAGCUGAAUGCACAUGUUCUCUGAGUUACAGGAGAACUAUUUAUUGCUGUUUAAAUACUUGAUAUGAUUGUGUGGUUUCGCUUUUUGAAAUGAUAAGAAAUUUUAAACAGACUUGGGAUUUAUAAUCAACACAUACACUUUUUAUUGGAAGGUUUGGGGGCAUAGCAUAAUGUGAGUUUGCCACUUCAAAUAUCUCUUGCACAACUAAACUGAGUUAAAUACAUUCCAUAUCCAAAGAAUUUCAGGGCCACAUAAUUGCAAAGGGCUGAGAGCCUGGAAUUCUGCAGCUGGCAGAGGUGCCCGCUUGUAUAAGUGUUAUUCACAGUAAUGAAUUUAUGUGGCAUGCUCCCGUUCUUUCAAUGCAAUGUGCUGCUGAGAGCAAGUGAAUUCUAAAGACUUCUUUGUAUUGUACACCACGGUCAAAAAUUCCUUAAAAUAAUUUUCAACAUGUGAAUUGUGAAUCUUUAAGUUCUGGUUGUUCUAGCUCUAUUUGCAAAACUGUAAAGAAAUAUCCAUUCUCUGUUAAAAUUCCAUUGUUUUGCUUUGGUUACAACACCUACAUAUCUUGGGCUGGAAAUUCUGAGUAUGGCACAUAUAACACUUGUUUGAAGUAUUUCUGUGCAAUUUACCGUAGCAGUAGUUCCUUAAGAAAUCAGUCUGCAGCUCCAAAAGUACUUGAAAAUGUUUCCUGUUUUAAAAAGAUAAGAGGAAAAUAAUGGAUACAUGUUGAGAGAAAACCUCUUUAGCCCAUUCAACUUUUUAUUCAUCCAUUCAUACAGAUACAGUGAAACAGCCAACCUAGUAAACAACCAUAAUGGCAAAACUGUUUAGUCUGAUUGGAAGUCUUACAACUUUUUGUUUUAAAUCAGUCUAGUAGUGAGAAACUGUUAGACAUUAAGAUUAGUCAAAAUUAUUUUGAUAUAGAUAGAUACACUUUGUCUUUUUUCCAGCAGUUGUUCUCAUAGAUGCCACAGCUAACAGUCAAAUUUAUCUGUUAGAAGCUGUAGAACAAAGUGAUUUAUUAAAAUAUUUUAAUAUAGUGUUUUGAGAUUUUUUUUGUUGCAAUAAAACUCCCAUUCUGACUCACACUGUAAUUUCAUUUCUGUUUUUCCACAUUUUACAGGAGUGGUUUUCAAGAUACUCCAGUAGUGUGAUUUUGCACAGUUAAAACUAGUGUUAAGAAACAAAACAAAAAGGAAUUGUACUUUUUCUUUUUUAAGCUGUUGCAAUGUCAGUUGGCUUUGAAACAGGUCAAAGUACUUGGAUUUAUUGUUUUUUUUUCUUCAGGUCUUUCCCAUAUCUAACUUGCAAUCAUACUAUGAUACCUGUUAUAAAGCUAGCUCAUGUUAUUUUAAAAUACAUAUACAAGUAUUUUCAGAUAAUAAUUCUUAAUGGCUGUGACACUGAAAGUUUUUUUGCCUACAUAAAUAAAUAUGGGAUCAUCUUGUAUCUAAAAGUUACCAUCCAUCACUUGCCAGAUUCUUUCCAUUUAGGUGUUUGAUUAAUCAGUAGCUCAGCUGUUACCAUAAUAUUCUUCCUCUGCAGAAUGUUUAGUGAAGAGACAUUACGUAUUAUCCGCAUUGCGUUUUGCUACAUGUUCCACAGUGUCUCAAAGUUCUGUGAAUUGAGCCAUUAACUGUUAACAAAAGAAACCCAUGAGCAGUAUCUUAUUUUUAAAUAAAUAUUUGUCAAAGUCAGAGAAGCAUUAUUAAUAUGCUCAUUUUAACAAGUUUGUCCCUGCAUUUGUCUUUCUGCGAUUAGGUCAAUAAUGGGUGUAGAAUGGCAGUAAAUAGCUAAAUAAUAUGUAUAGAAUGCUUUGCUUUAGCAACACAAAUGCAAGAUGAAAUAAAAUAAAUAGACUCCGUUCUUCAUGGGUUUUGUA